GAGUACGGUGGCCGCGGGGCGGCGGCGACGGGCUCGGCCGGCCGGCUGGCUCGGGGCCGCCAUGGGCAACCUGUUUGGUCGGAAGAAGCAGAGCCGGGUCACCGAACAGGACAGGGCCAUCUUGCAACUGAAGCAGCAGAGGGACAAGCUGAGGCAGUACCAGAAGAGGGUCACGCAACAGCUGGAGAGGGAGCGUGCGCUGGCCAGGCAGCUGCUGCGGGAUGGCAGGAAAGAACGGGCCAAGCUGCUGCUCAAGAAGAAGAGGUACAGGGAGCAGCUGCUCGAUAGGACAGAGAACCAGAUCAGCAGCCUGGAAGCCAUGGUUCAGAACAUCGAGUUCACACAGAUUGAGAUGAAGGUGAUGGAGGGGCUUCAGGUGGGCAACGAGUGUCUCAAGAAGAUGCACCAGGUGAUGUCCAUUGAGGAGGUGGAGAGGAUCCUGGACGAGACCCAGGAGGCAGUAGAGUACCAGCGGCAAAUUGAUGAGCUGCUGGCUGGAAGCUUCACCCAGGAGGAUGAGGAUGCCAUCCUGGAAGAGCUGAAUGCAAUCACUCAGGAACAAAUCGAGUUACCAGAGGUUCCUUUGGAGCCCCUUCCUGACAUCAGCCCAGAAGCCCCUGCCAAGGCCAGAUCCAGGCAGGCAGAGCUGGUGGCAGCUUCAUAACUUGGCCUCUCCAGGGACUCACAGGGAUUCUCUGAGGACCGGCCCACAGAGCCUUUGGCUUCGUGAGAACCCUGAGGGCUUCCAGGAGGCCUGAAGGGCUGAACUGACCGGUGCUGGUGGCUGGAGCAGCAGCUCACACGGGCCCUGACAUCAGGGCCCCACAACGCGCCCUUCGCACUUUAGUCUGGAUGCAUCACGUCUUGCUUGGAUUAAAUGGACACCCAGCGCAGCCAGGCCCGGCUUCAGGCAGCGGGGGCCCCACGGUGCCGCAGCCCACUACUCCCGGUGCUGUUCUCAUGGCUGACCCAGCCCGUGCGACCUGCGCUCUCGUGAGGAAGCACUUCAGACCUUGGGCUCCCUAUGCUUCCAUCUCAUCUCUGCUGCUCACGUGAGCUGGUGGGGGCUUCAGUUAAGGAGUUCUUACCUUGCCUGGCAUCCUGAUAUCCCUCAGUUCCCUGCAGGCUAGUAGCAGAAACCCUAGGAUACGGGUGUUCUCCAAACUAUGUGGAGCCUCAUAUGUUGGGGAGGUGGGGCCAUCCUGCUGAAUGGACAAAUCUAGGAGCCUGUUCGUGGAAGGUCAUCUUGAAAGUGAUGACGAGACCCUGUUCCAGUGGGCGUGUACCCCAUGGAGUCCUGGACACACUAAGCUGCCACCAGGAGGCACAGAGCUUGGAAGUGACCCCAGGCCCUGUCUUGUUUGAUUAUGGACAAUCUCUGGUCCUUACAGGGCCUUCUGUACCUUCAGGGCCCUCCAGGAAAGGAGGGCAUCUCUUCCUUAACCCAAAACAGGUCAACCCCAGUAUUAAAGUUGACCCCUGCAUGGUCUUUGGACUCCUGGACUUGA